CUCGGAUUACAAUCUACCUCCAUCUACUGCAACCUUUCUGCAAAGUCAGCAUUUACCUCAAACCUCAAUUUUAUACAUCUAUUCUUUCCACAAUGGCUUUCAAGCUCGCCGCUCUUCUCUUCGCAUCCGCUGCCAUGGCCGCAAAGAUGGGCGACUCUGGUGCCCUAUCCUCGCUGGAUGCUGGACUUGGCGGUACAGUUGAGGUUGUCAGCAACACUGAACUCAAGAUCACCGACUACGAACUCAAAGACGCAUCCGCACCUGCUCUCUACUGGUGGGGAUCCAAGACUGAAGACCUCUCAUCCGGCUUCCGUAUCAACAAAGAGCGCAUCAGCGAUACCUCGUCCAAGAUGGAUAUUAUGGUUGAGCUUGAUGCUGGCCAUACUGCGAAAGACUUCUCUUACGUUGGUCUCUGGUGUGAGAAGUUUGCCGCCAACUUUGGUCAGGCAAAAUUGACAUCUGAUGGCGGCUCUAUGAAUUCGACCGACGAGGCGGAUAUGAAGAAGGAUGAAAUGAACGGCGUAUCGGGUUGUCCCACUGGUCAACCCGCCAUGGUUGUGGCUAUCUUGAGUCUGCUCGCUUUCUCCGCCUACUUUGCAUGAUGACUUGUUGGAGCUUGGGACUUGGGGAUGUUAAUGGGCAUACAACAAAUAACAUGUAGUUAUUUCAAUUCAGUAGCGUUAGCAUUAAUACCCGCUGCAUUAAAUUAUAUAAAUGUGCCUCUAAUUGCACAAGC